AUGAAGGCUAGAAAGCCACCAGGAUUCUCCCGGACUUGCCCCGGGACGACGAGAGCCAUGCUCCUAUCGUCAGUCAUCAUCGUGUUGCUAUGGAACUGGGGAAAGGUGCCGGUGGCGGAAGGGAGCGAGGAGGAGAUGCGGCUGCAGGAGGCGCUCUUCAAGAGUUACCGCAAGGUUCGGCCGGUCGAGGCUUUUCAAGAACCGAUUACCAUCGUCUUCAGGUUGGGUCUUCUCCGGAUCCUCAAAUUGGACCAGAGGCGUCAAAUACUGAACACACUCGCAGCGGUGGUCGAGCGUUGGAAUGACACCCAUCUGCGAUGGAACCCAGACGAGUACGGCGGGAUUCGGCAGACCGUGAUUCUCUACGAGUCCGCUUGGGUUCCGGAUAUCAUCCUCUACAACAGCGCAUCAGAAGCUUACUCGGAUGGACUCCUGACGACGAAUCUUGUUGUGGAGCACACGGGUGAGAGGAACUACUCGGAUCCAUGUUGUGUCCUUCCCUUCUCUGCUGUGGAGUACUCCAUCACCAUCUCCAGGAAGGCCAUGUUCUUCCUCGUCAUCAAUUACGUCCUCCCCAUGGUCGUCGUCAAUGUUAUAGCAUUCCUGGUGCCAUGCGAGAGCGGGGAGAAAGUCACACUUGGGAUAGCCACCAUGCUCAACAUGAUCAUCUUCCUAACUAGCAUCCGCGACCUCCUCCCGCCCACUGAACAGAUCCCUCUUAUAGGGAAGUUCUACUGCGUUUGCAUCUGCUUGGUUGGGUUGGAGGUGGGCUUGAGCAUCUUCACACUUUACCUUCACCAUAUGGAAGGUAUCCCAUUGCCCAAGAUGAUUCAGGAUUUGUGCCGUAUACUGUCCAAAUUGCCCUUCAUGAGACAGCCGAAAUUCAUCAAGAUUGGAGGCAGGAAGGAGGAGGAGAAGGGAAAAAAGGAGAAAGACAAAGAUAUGGGAGAUAUCAAGAAAGCCUGGGUCCAAAGAUCCUCUUUCCCGUUUUUCUUUGACGACCUGGUUCGAAAACUACCCAAAGAACCGUCCCACACCGGUAGAGCAGAAAAAGAACGGCAGAGCGGGAUCUUACUUGUCACGGAAGAGCAGAAGAAGCGGGGAUGCCAGGAGGUGUCGUGGACGGCUCGGCAACAACCGGAUUUCCAGGCUAACUUGGCGAAUUGGAGAACUGCAUCGAAAAUCCUGGAUCGAUUCUUUCUCUAUCUCUUCACGGUCCUCAACAUCACCCUGACCAUCGGAAUCAUGUUAUAUACUCCAAACUAA